CAGCGGGAAAAAAAGAAGAAGAAAACAUCUUACAAAACGUCUUUCCUCCAAACAUUUGCGCAGUUCUGGGUCACGUGACCGCGGUCAUCCCUCACCAGCCACCGCUUCAAGUAGUUGUUGUAGUUGUGGAAACAGCUGCUCCGGUCAAGUCGCUCCGUCUUCCUAACUAAUGGCGAUGGAGAAUUUCAAGCAGUUCCUGGUGGCCCUGAGUGCCGCCGCCGCCGUCGGCGUUGUUUCCAUAAUAUUCGUGCUAAGAUGGGCUCUCUACUAUAAAGGAGGUUUAGCCUGGGAUGGAGGACUGGCCGAAUUCAACUGGCAUCCGGUCUUAAUAGUGAUCGGGUUUAUUUUCUUGCAGGGAAUGGCCAUCAUUGUCUACAGACUCCCCUGGACCUGGCAGCGCAGCAAACUAUUGAUGAAGUUUAUCCAUGCAGGCUUGAACCUAGUAGCCUUCAUUUUCGCUGUUAUUGCUACGGUGGCAGUUUUUGACUACCACAAUGCUGCCAAAAUCCCCAACAUGUACAGUUUGCACAGCUGGCUGGGCCUGAUAGCGGUCAUACUGUACUGCUUGCAGCUUGUUCUUGGGGUUGGCAUGUUCUUGUUACCAUUUACACCUGUAUCCUGGAGAGCAGCGUUUAUGCCCCUGCAUGUCUACAGUGGUCUUUUACUGUUUACCAGUGUUAUAGCUGUGGCACUUAUGGGCAUCACUGAGAAACUCAUUUUUGGCCUGAGCAACCCACCAUACAAGGAGUCUCCCCCAGAGGCCAUUUUUGUGAACGUUCUUGGAGUUCUCCUUGUGGUUUUUGGAGCCCUCAUCCUCUGGAUUGCCACUCGAACAUCUUGGAAGCGCCCCAGUGACCAGAUCUUGCAUACCUUGCAUACCAAUGGGGGAGGUGAGGACAACACCAAAGUCGGUCCAGCCCUGUCUCAGCUAUCUGAUGUAACUGAUGCUGAGGCCUGUGGGGAUGUCAGGAGGAGGAGUAAUAAACUAGAUGAUUAGGCCAGCUGAUUACAAAAUAAGUGACUUGGAGCUGACACUGUCUCCAGUGUUGAAUGUAUGUACUCCCAGUCUACACUGGUCAGAGAGGGUCAAAAUGAAGAAUAUAGUUUGCUGAUCUUUAGAUACCUUUCUCUUGCACUUUCUCUCUUGGAUUUUGGUGGCAUAUUGAGUUUGUUAUUUGUUGUUGACAUUUAUUGUUUUUUUCAGCCCAUGUAAAUAAUGGUGAACUGCUUUAUUACAAGAUUAACUUGAUGUAUACACUAUUGACAUAUACUGAAGAUAUAUAAUGACAGAUUUGCUAUAGUUUUAAGUGCUUUGUAUUCUAAGAUCUGGGUUUUUGAAGUAUAUUCAAUAAAUAUUUGCAACUUCUAA